ACAGGCAAUAAGAACCCCUUGCCCAAACCCUAGCCCCUCUUCUCGAAUUCUCUCUCACAAAAAAAAACACCAAAACACAGAGAGAAACAAUGGCGACGAUCAGUCUCCGGAAGGGCAACGCUAGGCUUCCGCCGGAGGUGAACCGGGUUCUCUACGUCCGAAACCUUCCCUUCAACAUCUCCAGCGAAGAGAUGUACGAUAUCUUCGGCAAGUACGGCGCCAUUCGCCAGAUUCGCAUCGGCACCAACAAGGACACCAGAGGCACCGCCUUCGUCGUCUACGAGGACAUCUACGACGCCAAGACCGCCGUCGAUCAUCUCUCUGGCUUCAAUGUCGCCAAUCGAUACCUUAUCGUGCUCUACUAUCAACAGGCCAAGAUGAGCAAGAAGUUCGAUCAGAAGAAGAAGGAGGACGAGAUUACUAAGUUGCAGGAAAAGUAUGGCGUCUCUACUAAAGAUAAGUAGUGAUGAUAAUAAAUAAAUUAAAAAAAAAACGAAACGAACACUUGUUUUCUUUGUUUUUGUUGUGGUUUAAUUGAUCUUGGUAGAUUUGAUCUGGAGUAUCUAUGAGACCUUGUGGAAAAUUUAUCUGUUUGUUUGUUUGGUUUAAGCUUGUUUUCACAAUGUUCAUAUUUCUCUCUCCAUUUGUGUAUUUUUAUUUUUUUUUAAAGAAAUUUUGGCA